AACGCCUCUGGGAGCCUCCUUGGAUGAGCAAAGCAAUCCUCUGUUGAAGGGCAUGCUGGUAAGAAAUGGAGGAAGUUUUGAAGAUGACUUAUCCCUGGGAGCUGAAGCUAAUCAUCUACGGAGUGAUACCCAAGUGGAAACAUGCAAUGGUGUGGUGGCGAAGGAGAGGAGGCUUCAGUUCCACCAGAAGGGGCGAAGUAUGAACUCUACUGGGUCUGGAAAAAGCAGUGCAACUGUUUCAAGUGUUUCUGAACUACUGGAGCUUUAUGAGGAAGAUCCUGAAGAAGUGCUCUAUAACCUUGGGUUUGGAAGAGAUGAACCAGAUAUUGCUUCAAAAAUUCCAGCAAGAUUUUUUAAUUCAUCGUCAUUUGCUAGAGGGAUAGAUAUUAAAGUGUUUUUGAAUGCCCAAAUACAGCGCAUGGAAGUGGAAAAUCCGAAUUUUGCUUUGACAAGUCGUUUCCGUCAGAUUGAAGUGCUUACUACUGUGGCAAAUGCUUUUUCUUCUUUGUAUUCUCAAGUCUCUGGGACUCCUUUGCAGAAGAUUGGUAGUAUGAAUUCAGUGUCUUCCAGCAAAGAAGCAUCCAGCCCUCCUCCUUUAAAUCGCAGCAAUACAGCUAGUCGGCUAAUGAAGACCUUGUCAAAGCUCAACUUGUACGGCACACAGCAAGCUGAUGGUAGUAGCUGCUCAAUUCCUUCACCUGUUGAAAAAGGGACAAGUAUAGCAGAACCAGGGAGUGAGGAAAAUGAUGCUAAAAAUGAAUCUAAAUUACCAAAACUCUCUAAAAAGAGGGACUCUUCCUCUUUUUUGGCUACUGUAAAGGAAGAGGUAGCCAAUAGUCAGAAAAAUGCUGUGGACAGGCAUAAACCUGCAAACCUUCCUUCUGGGACUGGUGAUAAACAAGAGGGUGCUGUGCCUCCAGCAGAUGUACAAAACAGCAGGUCAGCAAGUGCCCAGGAUGGACCGUGUGAAGAAUUUGGUCUUCUGGACUUGCCAAGCCUCAGCAGCAGUUCCAGUUCAUCCAACAGCAGUGCCUCAACCCAAAGGCUGCCUUCAGCAUUGCCAGGAAGAGACUCCUGUGCUCCCCUUGCAAACCCAUCCAUAAUGAAUCUAAUGGUACAGCAGAAGGACUCCUUUGAGAUGGAAGAGAUCCAAAGUACAGAGGGGGAUCUACCACAUGUUCCAUCUUCUCACCAGCUGACAGUGACCAAGUCAAGGAAAGAUCAGCUGUUACGGACUGCAAGUCAGCACUCGGACAGUAGUGGCUUUGCUGAAGACUCCUCCACGGAUUGUUCUCCAUUUAAUCAGCUUCAGGUUCAGGAGUCUUUGCAGGGUAUGGGAAGCAGUGCUGACAGCUGUGACAGUGAGACAACCCUUACAUCGCACAGUGAGGACCAGAAGACACUGUUAGCCAAGGAACUGCCCUGUUUCGAUAAGUUUGAGGAUGAGGAGGAAGAUGAUGAUGAAGAGGAGGAUGAUGAUGAUGAAGAGGAUGUUAUCUCUCAAGUAGAGAGACAAAAGUUAGGAAUACCUGAGAACAGAAGGAGUGAAGAUAGAGAAGUUACUGACUAUGAAACUGAACAAAAUCAAGGAGGAGAAAGCAAGUCAUCGCAUAUAUCGGAGAUAGUCCAAGGAAAGGUCAGCUCUAAAGAGGAUGACAUCUCCAGUGAGCAAAAAGAAUUGGACCUGCUGGAGGAAGGCAGUUUAUUUGAGUUUCCUCAGUAUCACACGCACCAUAUUCUCAAAUCUUUGGAGUCUCUGGGUGGUGGUAGCUCCUCCCAGUCUUCUGUGGACAGGGUUCAUGUUGCCUUGCAAAGAGCCGAGAUGAGGAUUGUCAGCACUUCUGAUUCCAGGGCUGGGCGCACGCUGCUUAAGUCAAAAGAUCUCCUGAGGAAGCAGAGACUCUGGUUUGCUGAAUCGGGCUAUCCUCUAAGGCGUUCUCAGUCGCUCCCAACAUCAUUGCUGAAUCCAGUGAAAGUGGUGUCCUCUGUGAAUGUGCAGUUAACCCCAGGGAAAGAUACUCUGUGCAGUCCUCCUUCUUUCACCUACAAGUACACGCAUCUGCAGGAAGAUGAGAAAGCAGUGUCUGAGAAGGACAAAAGUGAGCAUGAGGCAGCUGCCAGCCAGCCGGUGUGCAAGUCCACAUUGUUCAUUGCACCUUCAUCUUCCAAAAAAGAAGUGUCCCAGACUGGGCCCAACAGGCUGUCCAAGGAGCCCAGUCCCACCAGGGUACAGAGCUGCCCGCUGCACAUGCCAGCACGUAUGUCCCAGUCGACGUGCUCCCUCCACUCCCUCCCUACUGAGUGGCAGGACAGACCACUCUGUGAGCAUGUGAGGACACCGAGCACCCACAGUGUCCCAAGCAUCUCCAGCUCUUCCUUCAGUGCCUUGCUUUCCCCUUUCACCUGUCCGUUCUCCCCACGGUGUGCUGGAUUUCCUCAUCGGCCGCAUACCAUCAACCCACCCUCCACUGUGGAGAUGCAGCUGCGCAGGGUCCUACAUGACAUCAGAAACUCUCUGCAGAACCUCUCACAGUACCCAGUAGUGAGGAGCCAGGAUCUUUCAGCUGCCACAGGUUACACUACUCAGAGACCAUCCAUACUACCUCUAUACGAAAAUACUUUCCAGGAGCUACAAGUCGUAAGGCGCAAUCUAAACUUAUUUAGAACCCAAAUGAUGGAUUUGGAAUUGACUAUGUUGCGUCAACAAACAACAGUUUAUCAGCACAUGACAGAAGAUGAAAGAUUUGAAGCUGAUCAACUACAGAGCUUGAGAAAGUCUGUCCGCAUGGAGCUACAGGAGUUAGAGCUGCAGUUAGAAGAACGUUUACUUGCUUUGGAAGACCAGCUGAGAAGUCUACACAUGUCUCCACCUUACAGACCUCAGACACAUGUAGGUAUGUAUGGAAGCAGAAGUGCUGAUAAUCUGUCAUGCCCUUCUCCACUGAAUGUCAUUGAACCAGUCUCCGAACUUAUUCGAGAGCAGUCAUUUCUGAAGUCUGAACUGGGUUUAGGACUGGGAGAUAUCGGACUGGAAACUCUCCCAGCAGAGGGUACAGAAUCUGUAUUCUCCCAUGGAAACUCCGAUUCCUCCUCAGUGUGCUCCAGUCACACAGGUAGAAAAGCUGAACUAGCAGGGAAGUCUAAGAGUCAAAACAAGAAGUUAUACCGAGCCUCAGUCGCCUUAACACCAACUCCCCCAGUGAGAGCAUGUGCUGGACAGCAGAUGGAAACCUCCGAGGAGCUUGCUGACUCCAAGUCAGAGGUGGAGCACAAACUUGAACAAGUCCCUCUCAUGCCUUUGCUUGAUGAAAUCCACAAAACUGUGGAGCAGGAUGAGCUGCAGCAAGUCAUACGGGAGAUCAAGGAAUCUAUUGUUGGUGAAAUAAGAAGAGAAAUAGUAAGUGGAUUGUUAGCAGCUGUGUCACCUCAAAGCAGAUCUGCAACUGCAAAACAAGAUACACAGCCAUGAAACUGGUACUGCAGGUUGGAUGUAGUCCGAAAUGCUGUGGGAUUCUGCUUUGGGUGGCAUACACUGGUGAAAGUGUCAAGUUCUUUUUGCUUCAGGAGAUGUUGAAACUGCUGAGAUAGGCUGCUGUGUUGGACGCUUGGUUCUGCGAUGUGUACCUUUCCUUGAGUUCAUCUAUGAAGACUUAGACACUUUAACUAGUUCAUUACUUUCCUUUCAAGCAUCAAGAAAACUGUGGCUCUCUGGAAGGUUUUGUAUUUAUUUGUAUGUCCCUGGUGUAAAUUUUUCUAUAGCUAACUUCUUUGUCUAAUAAUGCGUCAUGAAACUUGAAAAUUUCCAGAUGUAACCAAUUUAUAAAUAACACAAAUGCAUUCAGCCUAGCUUUUUAGAAAAUUAAAUAAUAAU